CUGAAGAUCACCUGUAGGGAAUAUCCAGUAAUGUCUCGAAUACCGAGUUGUAUCCUGAUGUGUCUCUUAUUGCAAAUCGAAGGACAUAUUCUGGACAAUAGGGUUAUUUUGAAAGUAAGGCAGAGUAUUGAAAAAACUUUGGAUUAUAUUGAUAUACAGCACAAACGAGUGAAUGAAGACUGUUUAUUUGGAGUAGUUCUCUGUACAGCAAUUGCCAUGGACACAUAUAAAAAUGGGACUCACGUAAUGGAUAAUAGUACUACGAGUAUCAUCAAAAAGUCAAUGGAGCUUCUAAACAAAUCUGUUCCGUAUCUGAGACCCGAAAGAAAAUGGGUUAAGGAAGCAAUCCUAGACUGGAAACUAUGGAGAAAAGAAAUUCAAUACAAAUACGGUGAGAUGGCCAAUGUUAAAAUUUUUGAUGUAUUGAACAAAAUCCGUACAUACCAAAACGACAACAUAUAUUUAUCUAACAUGGAUUAUUGUUUUAAAGAUAUUGCCAAUAUUACUUGGAACAGUUCGCCGAAAAAGUGUUUCGUUGAUAAAAAAUGCUGGAAAAUUUACUAUCAAGAUGAUAAUACCUCAUCAGGAUAUUUAUUAACACAUAAAUUACUACUGCUGCAGCUAGCAAGGGCAAGAAAAUGUAAUAUUAAUAAAGAAGCUUACUACAACAAAACAAAAGAACUUUGUUCCCAAAUCUAUUCAGAGGUCCUUUCGGGGGAUUAUUUUGAUGUACUGGAUGAUAUGUUCGAUCUUUUUUUGGAGGAAACAAUUCUCUGCGGGUACGAGGGUUUCACGGAGUAUUUCUCGUCGAAAUGGUUAUUCUAUAUUCUAAAAUCCCAAAGAUCUUCCGGAUGUUUUCCACCCAUUUUAACAGACAAGUUAAAGUCAAAAAUUAAAAGAUCAACAACAAUAUUCGAAGACAAUUGCGCAGAUCAUACCACUGGUAUAGGACUUGCAGUAUUAACUCUGUAUUACAAUUUCAUCAUUAAAGAAAUAUUUGUGUAA